AUGGCGAGUGCAAGCAAAAUGAACAAGCACCUGUGGAAUAAUAUCGUUAGACUUAAGUUGUUAGCGCAACCGAAUCAUCCUAAUCGAUUUGUAUUCGACUUUAAUCCUUUUGGAUAUGUCGAUGAUGAUGACAAUGACACCAUACCCACAGAACCGAAUGAAAUCGUGAUUACUGGGCGGAUCUUUCCCAAUUCUGAAGUUUAUAAAAAAACGGCACUUCGGAUAGAGAUGAAACUCAUAGGAGAGUAUCCCGAGGAGCCACCUGUAGUACGAAUUCUUACUCGUGUAUAUCAUCCAAACGUGGAGGAGGAUGGCACCUUCUGUCAUGAUUUGUUGAAUAACGCUGCAAAAUGGCACAAAAAAGGCUUAACAACUUUAGCAGAAGUUGUGCGUGUGGUUGUCGAACAUAUCGAUAACCCCAAUCCAGAUUAUGCUGUUAAUUACGAUAUUGGUGAUGAAUACAUUAACAGGAGAGCAGAAUUUGAACUAAAUACCUUUCCGGGAAUGUCUUCCCAAUCCGAAAAAUUAAAAAGAAUUCACACAGAAGUCACUAGACUAAAACUAUUAAGUCCAACUUCGGAUCCGCCAUUCAAGUUGGAAAGAUCACCAUUCCCCGACGACGAUGAUGACGACGACGCUGAUGGUAAUUCCAAAACAGCCACUCCGAAAUCUACCGAACCAACCAUUGAGGGUCUUAUCUACCCAAAUUCGAAAAUUUACGAAACAGGCGCAUUUCGAAUCGAAAUCAAAACAAUAGCGACAUUUCCAUUCGACGCACCAGAAAAGAAAGCUAAAUGGACCGCUACAACGACUUUAGUAGAUGUUGUCCGAGCUGUUACAGCACAUAUCGACCAUCCGGAUAUCGAUUAUUCACUUAGUCUUGAUCUUGGUCGUGAAUAUAUGCAAAAUCGCUCUGAAUUUGAGCGCAAAGCAUUGGAAUUUGUCAAACAACAUGCUAUAUCCCGAUCUUGA